GAAAUCAUCUGAUCUCCACGUGAGCCAACCAAAAUUCUUCCGAUCUUAUCCUCUUCCUCUUCCACUCGUUCCCACUACCCUCCUCCAUUUUCUUCCUUCCCAUUCUCACUCUCUUUCCGAUCUCCACAAACUCCUCCAAACCCUCUUCGCGAAACAAGGUUGCGGGUGUGUCUGACAGAAGCCAUGGCAGCCGCCUCCGCCGCCGUCUGCCCCGUGCCCCUCGCCGCCUCCGCCGCCGUCGUCCCGCGGCAGCGGAAGAGCAGGGUGAACUACAUAGUGGGACUGAAUUCUUUCGGCGGUUUGAAAGCUCACAGCGAGGUGGCUUCGCUGGGAGUGCCGGUUUGCACUGACCGGUCGUUUGCGAAGAUCGUGAGCUCUCUCCGGUCGCAGGGCAAAUCGAGAAGAGGUGGCGGUGGGGCUUUGCCGUCGACCUGCAACGCGGCGGAGGAGAUUUUCAAGAUCGCGGCGAUCAUGAACGGGCUCGUCCUCGUCGGGGUCGCGGUCGGGUUCGUCCUCCUCAGGAUCGAAGCUUUUGUUGAAGAGGCCGAGUAAGAAGAAAGUCUGCAGCAAAAAUGUCCUCUAAUUUUCCCUUUUUUCUAAUUUAAUUUGUGUAUUUUGGGCAGGAUUAAAAUUAUGUCUGUUCAUUUGUUGUUUGAUGAUGUAAGAAGAUACUCUGCUUCGAAA